AUGGACAAAUUAUAUGGUGAUUAUAAUAAAAUUGUGGAGAAAUAUAAAAAUAGUACUUUAUGCAAAAGAAAAAAUGAAAAAGAAGGAAAUGAUAAAAAGGAAAUAAAAGAAAAAAAUAACUUGGAUAAGAAAAAAGAAAAGGAUGCAUGUAAAAAAGAAACAAAUCAAAAGGAUAAAAAAAUGAAUGAUAAGAAAGUGAAGAAGAAUUUUCUUUCAUGUGAGAGUUCUCCUAAUAAAAUUAACAAUAAUAAUUUAUCUAAUGAAAAUAAAGAACACUUACUAAAAAAUAAAAAAGUAGAACAUAAUUUAAGAGAUCGAUCUUUUAAUGAAUACAAAAUAAGAAAAAAGUUGAGUAUAGAAAUAAACAAAAAAAUUUAUAGUGAUUCAGAAAAUAUACAUAUAGAUGAUAAAUCAUUUUUAGAUGAUAAUAUAUCAGUUAAUGGGGAUAAUAUCAUUUUUAAAAAAAAAAAAAAUAAAAAUGUAGAUCAAAAAAUAAAAAAUAUGCUAAAUAAAAAAGAUAAAACGAAAUUUAUGGUAAAUUUUUUAUUUGUUCUAUAUUACAUAUUUUUUUUCUUUCAUUAUAUAAUUGAUCUUCAAGUAAAUAAAAUAUAUAACAUAGUUAUUAACACUUUUACAAUUAUUAUACUAACGGUUCUAUUAUUUUAUAUUCACUUUCUUAAAACAAGAAAUAAAAAACUAAAAAAAAUAAUUUUUUAUAUUUCUGCUUAUGUAAAUUUAUUAUAUUGUUUAUAUAUAUUUAAUACAUUUCUUUAUUGGAUGAAUGUAUAUUUAAAUUUUACGUUAAGUAAAAAAUUGUACUUAAAAUAUAGAACCCUUUAUAAAAAUAUUUCAUUUAUUUUUUCAUAUUUUAAUUUUGAUGAAAUUUUUUUUUUUCUUUUAAUAUUCUAUGCUCUCUUUUUUUUUACUUCAUUCAUAUUAACUGUUACUAUAUUUUACUAUAUUUACAACUUUAUAAAUUUCUCUUUCUAA